UCGUACUACACCGGUACACGAGAUCCUUUAUCGCGCGGAAGAAAACAUGCCUUUACGAAAGACAGCGCGUGGAAGGCGUUUGAAACCCUGUCAAAUGGCACAACAACGAGGGUCCGCAAUUCUGACGAAAUCACAAUGGGAAUCCAUGACAAUUCCACGAAACACGCCGAGCACCCAUGCGCUGAUUCAUCCAACCGUCGUAAGCCUACACGUCUGCACCUUUUAUGCGUACGUACGGAUAAAAGACAGCGCCUGUCUUACUCCAACUCAACACGUUGUUCGUGCGUGUGUUAAUUACUGUGUAGAAAAAUGCGAAAAAGAGCGACCGAUUGGAGAACGGGUUUUUUUCCCCCCAUCUGCCGUGAUGAGGCAAGGUGCGUUGACACCGACUGCGGCAGACGUGUUUCUGCCUCGCAUAAAUCGUCUGUCCAGAAACGGGCUGAAUUACUGCCAAACCGGAGCCUUACCCGAUGGUGAAUUGUCACCGUCUUUUUCGCCGGGCUCAAUAUGUGCCAUCUGCAACGUUGCGAAUGAAGGCACGAAUGGCGGCGCGUCCACGUUUAACUUCGAGAACGUCUUGGAGACAUCGUCGUCUAGGGCCUCCGUAAUAUCGUCACUGUGCUGUUCCCAGUUAUCCGGGGCGACCUGUCCCUCGUUCGGCGACGUGUCCAUGUUUGUCACGACACUUAUAUCUCACCGCUAAGUUCAAAGUGUACCGAGAAAAAAUUAUUUACCACUCCACCAAAUCACCGCAGAACACCGCGUGUGCAAAAUUAGGCUUGAAAAAGAGGAGGAACGAAACACAGACGCGACUUCCUGUAUAGUGAAACGUCACUUCCGCAGAACUGCAUAACGGACGGCAGCGCUACGAGAUGCUUUUUUUUUUUUUCCCGCACGAAUAAAAGUUCUUUUUGACACGCAAAUAUGAUUUCUUUUUGUCUUAUCAAGUACAUAAAAUAUUAAUACGUAGUACCUUAUCAAUAAUAUGAACUUUAAAAAAAAAGAAAGAUAGAACAGACCGAAAUGGCCAAAUGCCCGGUUUGUUGUUAUGGCGAAAUCGUUUAGGUCGUCAACUGAUGCUCUGCUGGAGGCAAUGAUGCCUCACCGCAUCUUGUACGACAAGGAUGACCCUGGAUUCAGAAACUUCGAAAUGAAACAACAGACGUGGCAGGUGAUAGCCGAUCAACUUGGUCUGACAGCUGACGAAUGUAUCAGGAAAUGGAAUAAUGCACGGGAUAACUAUGUCAGAAUACGAAAAAAAGUCGCUUCGGGAGAAAGCGAGAAGUUUGUGAAGUGGCGGCUGUACGGCACCGUCAAUCAAAUGCUGAAGUCGUCCAGACAGGAAAGUGAAGCUGACUGUGCACUAGAGACAAGCAAUCUCGGCGACAUUGCCAUAUCUGUUCCUUCGACAAACACAAACUCCGUCGACGAGUUUAUGUACCACGAUGAGAUAGAAAUACACGAGGGGCUGGGGAAUUCACAGCCCGAGGUGGAACAGCACAACAAUACGAACAGCGGUAUUGACCACACUUUCCUGAGAAAGCGACCAGCGCCCGACGAAGAUGACGUCGACCACGUUGACACAGCAAUGCUGAAGACGUUGAACGUCUGCCUCAAGAGGCUGCGGGACUUGGAAGAAGAGAAAGACGAGUGGUAUUACCACGGAAUGUCCAUCGCAGCCAGGCUUCGAAGGCUUCCCCAAAAGCUGCGGUCAAAAACCUUGCACCAAAUAAACGGAAUACUUUACGAGGCAGAAACGCGGGCAUUUCAAGUCAAGCAGGAAGUUGACGCGUAACAUGUUGCAUAGCGGGCGGUGUAUAUGUUUUUAUGAAAAAAAUGUUGCGGGCGAUGAAUGGUGUGAUUUUGUGUAAUAAAUAUUGUAUUUACA